AUGUUUCAUCAUGGCUGGUCCAGCUACAUGACAUACGCGUAUCCAAAGGAUGAGCUCAACCCGUUCAACUGCACUGGUCGUGGCAGCGACAGAUAUGACCCGACCAACAUCAAUAUUAAUGACGUUCUAGGAGACUAUGGAGUCACUUUGAUUGAUACCCUUGAUACACUUGCCAUAAUGGGUGAACAGCGGGAGUUUGAAAACGCCGUCAAAUUGGUUACCCGCCACGUGUCGUUCAAUCAAGACAGUAAAGUACAAGUAUUUGAAACAAACAUUCGAUCGUUGGGAGGAUUGUUAUCUGCUCAUAUCUUGGCGUCCGAUAGCCAGUAUGGAUAUACCAUAGAUGGCUAUAAUGGCGAACUCCUUCAAGCGGCAAAGGAUCUCGCCCAAAGAUUGGUACCAGCAUUUCAAAUGUCAAGAACCGGUAUUCCUUAUCCAAGGGUGAACUUGCGUUUUGGUGUUCCGAAAAGCGAAACUGUAGAAACAUGUACAGCUGGAGCGGGAAGCCUUAUAUUGGAGUUUGGAGUAUUGAGUCGUUUAACAAAUGACCCAUUUUAUGAGAAUUUGGCAAAGAAGGCACUGAAAGCCUUAUGGGAAAGACGUUCGGAUUUAGACCUCAUGGGUAAUGCGAUCAAUCUGCAAACCGGACAAUGGGUUUAUGCAGCUUCCUCUGUUGGUGCAGGCAUCGAUUCUUUUUUUGAAUAUUUACUGAAAGCACAUAUUCUCUUUGGAGACGACGAAUACUAUGACAUGUUCGAGGAUGCAUAUUCUGCUAUCAUGACCUAUGUAGCAGAUCCUGGCGGAUACUUAUACAAAAAUGUGGAUAUGGCAUCUGCACAGCUGAUGUCACAUUGGAUUGACAGCUUGAGCGCAUUCUGGCCUGGUCUACAAGUCUUGUAUGGUGACCUAGAGAUGGCUAUAAAGUCACACCUAACGUAUUACAACCUUUGGAAGAAAUACCGUGGAAUGCCGGAACGAUACAACUUCGUCCAAGACGAUGUGGAUAUUGGGUUUUACCCCAUUCGACCGGAAUUUGCGGAAUCCACGUACUUUUUGUAUAGAGCUACUCAUGAUCCGUUUUACCUUGAAGUUGGAGAAAUGAUAUUGGAAGACAUCAACGACAGAGCUCGAUUACCUUGUGGAUUUGCCUCCUUGGCUGACGUACGAACCGGUGCGUUGGAAGACAGGAUGGAAAGCUUUGUGUUGAGCGAAACUUUCAAGUAUCUUUAUUUGUUAUUUGAUAUUGAUCAUCCUCUAAACCACGAGGAUUCCAAUUUCGUAUUUACAACAGGUUUGCUUUUCAUGCCUCCGUAUUCAAAACUGCCAUUGUAUGGGACUGACCGAAUAUUAUUACAGAGGGUCAUGUAA